AUGGAGCUUGGCAGCUCCUCCAGCAUCCCCAUGCCCAAUGUGCCCGUGACUCCUCCAACCCGAGCUUCCCCCCAGGAUCUUUCCGAAGUACUUGCUGUGGCUGGUGCAGUUCCAGCGGCGGAAGCGGAACUGGUACUGGCACUCCCGCACGCCCAGCUUGGUGCCCUUGGCCACCUCCUGCACAAUCUCCGGCUCCAGCUGAUGUCCCGGCGCAUUUACGGCCCCAUCUGGAAGUCGACCUUCGGGCAUUACGAGAACAUCAACAUCGGGAGCCCAGAGGUACUGGAGCAGCUGCUGCGGCAGGAGGGCAAGUACCCCAUGAGGAGCGACAUGGCCCUGUGGAAGGAGCACCGGGACACACGGCGCCUGCCCUAUGGACCCUUCACUGAGGAAGGGGAGCGCUGGUACCGCCUGCGGCAGGUUCUCAACAAGGCUGCGGGGGUGCUGGUGGGUGACGUGGCCAACCUGCUCUACCGCUUCGCCCUGGAAGGGAUCUCCUACAUCCUCUUCGAGACCCGCAUCGGGUGCCUGCAGCAGCAGGUCCCCGCCGAGACCCAGCGCUUCAUCAACUCCAUCAACCUCAUGUUCAAGAACUCCAUCUUCGCCACUGUGCUUCCCCGGUGGACCCGGAAGGUGCUGCCCUUCUGGGACCGCUACCUGGACAGCUGGGACACCAUCUUCGCCUUCGGCAAGAACUUGAUUGACCGUAAGAUGAAGGAGCUGGAGGGGCAGGUGGAGCGGGGCAAGGUGGUGUCAGGCUACCUGAGCUACCUGCUGGCCAGCGGCCGGCUCAGCCUGGAGGAGGUCUAUGGCAGCGUGGCGGAGCUGCUGCUGGCUGGCGUGGACACGACCUCCAACACGCUGUCCUGGGCCUUGUACCACCUCUCCCGGGACCUGGGCAUCCAGAACGCCCUGUACAAGGAGCUGGCGGCUGUCGUGCCCCCUGACAGAGUCCCUGGUGCUGAGGAUAUCCCCAAGAUGCCGCUGCUUCGUGCUGUGAUCAAGGAGACGCUGAGGAUCUACCCUGUGGUGCCCACCAACGCCAGGGUCUUUUGGGAGAAGGACAUCGUCAUCGGAGACUACCACUUUCCCAAGAACACCCUCUUCGUCCUGGCACACUACGCCAUGUCCCACGACGAGACCCACUUCCCGGAGCCCGAGCGCUUCCUGCCCCAGCGCUGGCUCCGGGGCCACGGCUCCCCCCACCACCCCUUCAGCUCUAUUCCCUUCGGCUAAGGGGGCCGUGCCUGGCGGGCCCCUGAGAUGGAGAUGCACCUGGCUCUGGCGAGGAUCAUCCAGGCGUUCGAAGUGCGGCCGGACCCCCGCGGUGUGCAGGUGACGUCCGUGUCCCGCAUCGUCCUGGUGGCCGACAAGCCCAUCAACCUGGAGUUCAUCGCCCGCCCGGCAGCCCCCUGAGCGCCCCGGGUGCUGAGCCGG